AUGGCAUUUUUAAGGAAGAUGCAAAGUUGCUGCCUGAGCUUCUUGGUGUUGAUUAUUAUUAAGUUAUGUGGAUUCUACUAUGUUGGUACACUACAGACAAAAUUUAUGGUGGAUAUGAAGUGUGAAGGUUGUGUUAAUUCUGUCAAAAAUAAAUUGCAAACUGUUGAUGAAGUGAAGAAUGUGGAGGUGGAUUUGGGGAAUCAAGUGGUUAGAGUUCUUAGUUCUUCCCCUGUAAAGAUCAUGACUGAAGCUCUGGAGUAGACAGGUCGAACCGCCCGGUUGAUUGGCGAAGGGGUCCCUGAUGGUUGGUUAGCUUUACUUUUCCAGAUUCUCUAUGAUCUUUUGUUUACUGGAUUCGAGAUUGUCAUUUGUCCACGAAAGUGUACCUUUGUGAAUGAGUUGGCUACACAUAAAAUUUAUUCAAU